AUGAAGUUCUAUGCGUUCAUCGCCAGCCUUCUGGCCGCUGCCUCUGGUAUUGCAGCGGAUGCCUCGGUUCAUCUGCGCGUGAACAUAAUGAUGAAGAGGGCCGCGCUAAACGAGCAGUGUGAAUGGAUAAAUAAGGCGGUGAGGUGUGAUACGGGCAUGUUUUGCCAGAGAAAGGCUCGAAACAUGGGCUUGUGUCUGAAGACGGAGCCGGGCCUCAAUGAUCAAUGUGGCGGCAAUGGGGCCAGUGGAUCUUGGAGCCGUACCUGCAGCGGCAGUGACACCACAUGCUGGCAAUUAUCGACCGCUUAUAGUAGAUGUCGAAAUAAGAGUGACGUUGAGAAAAUCAAGAUGAACCAGGCCGUGGAUAAGCGUGAGAGUGCGGAACUUUAUGGCCGCUGUAGGUUUGAAGAUGGUACCAAGAGCUGCGCUUCGGGUCUGCAGUGCGUCGGGGAUAACAACUGGUCCGGAACUUGUAUGAAAAAGCAAGCUAAUCUGUUUGACCAAUGCGCCGGUCAGGAUAUUGGCAGCCGUUGGGAAGCUUCAUGCCCCAAAGACACAAUUUGCUAUCAGUAUGAUAAAAACUACAGCCAGUGUUUGCCAGAAGCUCCCAAAUAA